AUGAUCAAACAGGCGUUGCGAUCAUAUCCCGAAAUGAUGCUGCGAAGGUCAACAUUCCCUCCCUUCAUACACCAAUACCAGGACAAAAGCCAUCUUCCCGAGGCAUUGGCAAACUGUAUGGGCAUUGCGAUUUUGUUCGUAUCUCGAAACCCGGACACUAGUCCGUUCUUAUGGCAAUCAAUUCAGAGGGAGCAGGACAGAAACCUCAUCGAGAUGGUUAGAUACAGCAGACGAGACAUUUUCGCCUCACUACAAGCAGAAUUGAUAUAUAUUAUCAUGCGUGUCGUCGCCGGCGGGGGCAGCACUCUAGAAGACCGUAACUACAAUACCCACAUGCUGUUGGCUUAUGAGGCGCUUUGGAAGCAUUUCAUGGCCAUGACGGAUACACUAUGUAGUGUAGACUCUAAGAAUUCGCAUUCAUGGGAAGAUUGGAUCUUAGACGAGUCUCGAAUAAGAAUUGCUUGCGUGUGGUUCUUAGUAGCGCAGGUAGCCACCGUUAAGGUAGGCAUAUCUUGCAGCGUUCUUGACACAUGGAGAGAAUUGCUACUACCAUGUCACAAAGUACAAUGGGGUGCCACGACGCCAGACUCAUGGGACGAAGAAACAAAAGCGUUGAGAAGUCUUCCUAGGCGGGGCAAGGCUCUGGUUUAUUUUGGGGAGCUGCUGGAAAGUCAUCAUCAUGCCAACGAUGCAGUUCAUGCAGAAACGCUUGAUAGAUGGAACUCAGGAGUCGAUAACAUCGGGUUACUCCUGAAUUUAGUUACGGCGAUGAUGUGA